GCGCGGGGGACAUUAACGUUCUCUACCCGCCAGUCCCGGGAGGGAGCUCCUGGAGCCCACCGUGCUCGCGGCCCUCCUUUCGGGGCCAGGGUGGAUGUGUGAACGAACCUCCAAACGGAGCGCGUCCUUAAAAACGACAAAGAAGCAGUAGGGGCCAGCCCACGUGUUAAUGGAAGUUGAUGAGACGGCGGGUAAAUUCAGAACUGGGGAGCUUGCAAGGGAGUGUGUAACUUUUCGUCUUAUAAAAUACGCGUUCAGAAAAAUUUUCCUUCCCGACUUUCCCUGCCUUUGCCCCUUCUAAUCAAUCUAAAUAACUUAAAUUUUAGCAGCAGUGUAAACUGCUGAAAGUGAGCUGUUUGGAGAAGUACUGAGCAAAGGGGAUCAGGAGACGCGUAUCUUCGUCGAUCCCUAUCCUCUUUCUCUUUAAUUCACUGGGAGGGAAACCCAGAAGCCCCAGGCUCUGGGGAGAGUAACCUGCAAACUCCUGGAGUGAGUUCAUUUCCCUUCUGGUAUCUCUUGUAGCCCAGAGUUAACUAUUGGGUGGAGGGAAAGGGAGAAAAAUCUUUCCUUUGACCAGUGGCAGGCGCGGUGGCAGUCCUCCCUUAGGACCCCGCACCGUGGGGUCGGUGGGUCAUGGCUGUGGUCCCCGUGCAUGUUGUAGAGGAAUACCCGUCGUGCGUGAUAUUCUCCAUUGAGUGUGGUUGGUUACCCGGUUAGAAAGUCUCAUAAUUUCAUCACCUUCAUACAUCUGUCUGCUUUAAGUUUUGCUGAUUAUCUUUUUGUCCUUGUCUGUUUGUAUCCGUGUAAUUCUUAAGAAAUGGAACUCGUGCUUGAACAUUGCCUUCUUAGAAGUAAACCUGAGGCCUCAGGUUAAAUGUAAAAAGUCUACUUAGAUGCCUGCACAUUUAGGAAGAAUAUUAACAAUUAAUUUGCAUUUUUAUUUACUACCUUUUCUUCUAAAAGAAUCUUGUUUACCAUUUUUGAAGAAUGGGUGAUGAAAUAGGAAACACAGAUAGACUUCAAAGACAAAUGGAAAAUUCAUGGAAAAUAAUUAAAGGAUAAAAAGGCUUUUAGCUUGAUUGAAAGUAUUACUCAGACCUUUAGUUUGCAAGUAAAAUGAGACAAAGGUCUAUUAAUAUUACUUUCUGUCUGGAUUGUUCUGUUUUCUCCACCUGUGUCAUAAAUUUGCACUUAAAAAGUUAUAUGGGUAUUUGACCUUUAUAUAAAUUCUACAAAUGGUUCUGGUUUUAGCAUCGUUGGGAGUAAAAAGAAUCACUCUUCUUAUAAGCUUUGAACCCACUUUAUUGGUCUGUUCUGAUGUUUUCAAUCCAUUAAUCAUAGUUAAUUUCAGACAUUUAAUGAGGUGCGGUGCCAAGGUUGAAAAGUAUACCACCAAGUCAUAAUUAAAAUUAAAAAAAGUUAUUUAGCACAGUUUUUAAAGUAAGCUUACCACUCUACUUUGUAUUAUUUAUUUUUGGUUUCUAAUGAGUCCUAAGACACAACAAAGUGAGGACCACUGGUUUGAAAUGUUUGUGAAUUUCCAGCCAACUGCUGUCCCAACUUGGGGUUAAGUGGUAGGUUCUGAAAAUCUUUACGGAACAUUGGGUUUGAGUGGAGAAAAACAUUUAUUUAGUGGAGAAUUGAUUUUAUAGGAGUAGUGUUAUGAUCCUAAAGUUCACACCUUAAAAAAAAAAAAGGUUAAGAUUUUAUACUUUAAUUGCAAGGUAAAUAGGGGAGAGGGAGCUCUUUAAAAUGCCUGCUUUUCUUUUCUCCUCUUUUCUUUCUUCCUUUGUCUCUCUUUCCCCUAAAUAAACACAGCAGCAGCAGCAAAAUCUACCUAGCUGUCACAGUGUCCUAUAGAAGACAGGGAGUGAGAAUCCUGCUUGAAGGCACUUAUAAGUCUAGAUGACUACCUAUAGGAAGCUGAAAGCUUUAAUAAGGAAGUUUGUUUCAGAAAUCUAGUCUAUGGGCCACCUGCACGGAAUGUCUGGAGUGCUUGUUGAAUGUGCAUGCCUAGGCUUUACCUGAGGUCUUCUUAAGUGAACUUUCUGGAAGGGGCUAGGAUCUGCCUUUUAAUUUAUUUUAAGCAAGUCCCCUCAAGUAAUUAUUAGGAUAAAUCUCACAUUUGAGACUUACUUUAAUGUAGAAGGUAGUUUGGUCAGGGUUGGUUGCUAAAUAAUUACAAUCGGGGAAAACCAAACAAAGUACUACUUUUUUUUUUUUUUUUUUUUAAUGUUUUAUUUAUUUUGAGGGAGAGCGGGUGCGUGCGAGAGCAUGAGCAGGGGAGGGAGAGAAGGAGACAGAGAGAAACCCAAGUAGGCUCCGCACCAGUAGCGCAGAGCCUGUUGUAGGGCUCGAGCCCACAAUCUGUGAGAUCAUAACUUGAGCCAAAAUCAGAGUCUGACUCCACCUAACUAACAGCGCCACCCAGGUGCCCCCAAAGUACUACUGUUUAAUACCCAAAGGAUAUGCAUUAGAAGAUAGCAAAUGGUGGUAACUCACCAGGCCACUAACACUUUAUACCUGAAUAGAAAAAUAGAGAAAUAUGCUGUCUGUGGCCAGGACUUGAAUGUGCAGGUGUGAAAUUGGAACUAAGGAGCCUACUGAAUUCUAAGAACUAUGCAUAGAAUUCCUAUGCUCAAAGUCAUCUGGCUUUCAUAAACAUUUUAGUUCCUUUUUUUCUUCCUUUUUUUUAAUGUUUAAAAAAAAUUUUUUUUAAUGUUUAUUUAUUUUCGAGAGAGAGAGACAGAGCAUGAACAAGGGAGGGACAGAGAGAGAAGGAGACACAGAAUCUGAAGCAGGCCCCAGGCUCCUAACUGUCAGCACGGAGCUCAGUGCGGGACUCGAACCCACAAGCUAUGAGAUCAUGCAUACCUGAGUCGAAGUCGGACGCCUAACCAACUGAGCCACCAAGGUGCCCCUUAAAGGACUGUUUUGAUGCUGGGUCUUGAAUUGUCUUAUUUUUGAAAUCUUUGUUAUCAUGAAUAGUUUUCCCACAAGCAGGGGACACUUAACCCUAGUCUGAGCCACUUAACUGACUGAGCCACCCAGGUGCCCCAAUGUUUGUUUAUUUUUGAGAGAGAGAGAGAGGGAGAGAGAGGGAGACAGAAGAUCUGAAGCCGGCUCUGCACUGACAGCAGAGAGCCUGAUGUCGGCCAUGCCAGCUAAACCCACUGAACCAUGAGAUCAUGACUUGAGCUGAAGUUGGAUGCUUAACAAAAUGAGCCACCCAGGCGCCCCAUAAACAUUUUAGUUCCUAAGGGCAAGAUUGCAAGUAUUCUUGCAGGGAGCCUUUCUCGUAUGUGAGUCAGUGUCUCCAGGAUCGCAGAGUUUUGAAACCACUUGUAUAAAUGCUUGGUGGUGGUAUAGAGAGGAAAAGCAAAGUGCAUGAAAAAGUGUUUAUGGGGAUACUAAGUGCAGGACAGAAUUAAGUAGUUUGAGACCAUAGUCUUGGGAGAGAAGACUAACGCUGGCAACACAGGACUUCAUUUCUUCAAGGCCAUAGUAGGAGAGAUGCCAGACAUAAGGCAGUGCCCGGUUAACAGGGAGGUGAAUUAUGGAGGCAGUUGUAGGAGGAGCUCAGGCCCGUGCAGAGGUUCGGGCCCCGUGGUCCAGGCUCUACGGGUAGACACUAAGAGGCAGGUUUCCUCCUUUGAAGCCUAACUUCUAAAGUUACCAGGAACCAGAUUCUUAACUGAGUAGACAUCAGGAAAUGAGUGGUAAUUUAAUAACUCCCCAACCAUCCCCUUUCUAUCUUAAUACUCCACCAAAAUUGGCAGAGAACUUCAUUUCUUUUGAUUCUUUACUCUGACCUGAUCCUUCUGGGGAGACUAGUGGUGUACCUGCUGUGGCCGAGUGGAGCUUGAGGCCCAAGGAGAGGGGAAGAGCACCGACUGGCUGACACUAAGAAGGUCACGGGGGGAAGGACUAACAAGAUUCAAAAGAGGCCUGGAUUGUUAGGACCACAAAUAAAUUUAUCUGGGGCUGAAUUAUGUAGUAAACUUUUUACUAGUGAAUCCACAUUGAGACCCCAUCUCGCUUCCUUCCACUUGGACUGACAGCAUGAACCUCUUUCUUGCUGUUCAUUUUCCUUCCACAGCAGUGCUGCUACUCUGGCCUCUCCUGGCUCCUCAUGUGCCAGGGCCUGACUGCUGCCCACAUACGUGCCCACUGCCUGUAACAGGCUUCUGCCCCGGCCUCCCACUUUGGACUCCCUCCCCUUCUCGUCCCUGUGCUGUUGGGAGUCCUCUUCUGAUUGCUGCUUCGCUGCCCCUGGGUCUGCCUCCAGGGUAAAGGGCACACUCCGUAGUUUGGCCUUCUGUGUGGCAGGGCCUGGCCCCCACCUGCUUCUCUGGUUAUCUCUUGCUCUGCUCCCUUACCUAUCUGCAGUGGGGCUACCAUUGCAGCCAGAGUCCCUAAAAUUUCUCUCCUCUGUUCUUCAUUUCAGUUUCUGGUUUAUUUUCCUGUUCGAAGACACUUUUCCAACCGCCUCCCUGUGUUACAGUACAAGGCCAGAUUUGCCCAUUCUUUCCCUCCGUGCUCCCACAGCACCCCCGCGAAUCUUCUCUCUGGAAGAGGAAGAAUCCUGCCAAUUAUAAUUUUUUGGCUUACAUAUCAGCAGUGGAGAGUUAGUCUUCUUUGUGCCUAGGAUCCCAGGUCUUUAUUAGAGUUCAAAAACUAUUUAAAUGAACAUGCCUAUUAAUGAUAAUAGCUACCAUUUAUUGAAUGCCUACUCUAAAUGCUCUAUUGCCUCAUUGAUUAAAUUCUCACAGUAGUCCUCUGCAGAAGGUGGUUUUAUCUAGGUUUACAGAGGAGAAAAUGGAGGCCCUGGGAAUUUAAGGAACAUGCCCACAUUACACAGCUAGUUUAAGUGGCAGAACCAGGAAUGGAAUCCAGGCCUGUCUGUGAAAUUCACUGUGUGGUACUCAUACUUCCCGGCACUUGACUUUGUGUUACAGCUAUUGGGAUACAUGCCUGAGCUCCCCAGUGUGGUUGUGUGCUCAUGAUUCAGAGCUGAGCCCAUGCAUAUCUCAGUAUUUCUAGCAUAGCUCUGGCAAAUUGGCAUUCAUUCAUUAAAUGCUUGCAGAGUGGAACUGCAUUCCUCCGUGCCUACUAAAUUUACAUUCCUUUAGAACAAAAAUGACUUAUUUUUGUACCUUCUCUGUGUGUGUGUGUGUGUGUGUGUAACACUUGGUAUGCAUUCAAUAAAUAAUUGGUUGAAUGACUGGAUGAUGGUAGGGGCCAGAGGAGACUAACUUCAAGUGAGGUUAUUUAGUUACAAGAUGUCUGAUUUUAUGAAGGUGGAUUGUCUCUAUCUGAGACCAAGACUUAAGAUAUCCUGGAGAGAUUCUAGGCAGCAUAUAAAUGGUUCAGAGUUUUAAAGAGCUGUAUAACAGCAGCAGUGGCUACCUUCAUUGUUUUAUGCAGGUGUGUCAAGGUCAGUUGAGAAGGAAGUCCCAUUACAUUUAUUUAGCUACAGGUACUUUUGAGUACCUGUGUUCUCACCUUGGGCUGGGCACUGUUUUUGCUAUCUGUAACAGAAAUCUGUGGGGCAAAUGUAUAUAUUUAAAAAUAUGUUUGUCAACAAAUAUUUGUAUAUGAUUAUAGAGUGACAGCCAAUCUGGGUUGACAUCCAAUAGACUCACUUUACAAAUGAGGAAACUCAGACUGUGAGGAGAAUAAGUGGAAACUAAUACAGCACUAGUUCUGACUGGAGCCCAGACCUCCAGAGUGAACUCCUUCAAGGCUGCCUUCUUAGAAACCACAUACCCCGUGCUUUCCUGCCUGUCGUCUAUCAAAAUGAUGCUCCCGGUCAUUGCUGACUUCUGAGGUGUGUCCCGAGAGGGUUGGUAAUUGCUCUCAUAACCUGAGAGGUUCUAUUCUCAACUCACACCCUUGUUUACGUUAGCUCUUGAGGCUUGGAAAGUCAGCCAGCACUGGGUUUGCUGGUGUCCGCGAAGCGUGUGCCUUCUGACUACAGAGCGAGGGCGGAGGUUUUGUGUACUCUUACUUCACCAACAAUAAAGCCCAUGUUAUUUGAAUAGAACAGUUAUUCAGAGCUUCUUUUGGAUACUUUUUUUUUUUUAAGAAUCUGCUGAAAUCCAAGGAACCACUCAUGAGAAAAAUAUACCCGAUAAUUUUGCAUAUAAAUCUCAGACUCUUUUUUUUAAAAAAUUUUUUUUAACGUUUAUUUAUUUCUGAGACAGAGAGAGACAGAGCAUGAAUGGGGGAGGGGCAGAGAGAGAGGGAGACACAGAAUCGGAAGCAGGCUGCAGGCUCUGAGCCGGCAGCCCAGAGCCCGACGCGGGGCUCGAACUCACGGACCGCGAGAUCAUGACCCGAGCCGAAGUCGGCCGCUUAACCGACUGAGCCACCCAGGCGCCCCAAUCUCAGACUCUUAAUAGACCCGCUUCAGAAUAUUUAGUACAGAGGUUUAUCUCUUCAAAGUACUAUAUGCACUCCAUUAGUUGAAGACUUCCUAGGUUUUUAAAUUGCAUUAUGUGGCAAGUGCCUUUUCACUGGUAUUAGUUACAGUGGGGAUAUAUUCUUGUAUGCCUCCUUGUGGAUUUAACCUUUAAAAUAUUUUUCUUUUCCUAAAACAACAUGCAGGAGUGAAGCUACUGGUUUGUAUACUUCUUUUUUUCCAUUUAGUUUAUAAUGUUUAUUAAACAUUUACUAUCUUUGGGAUGAUUGAAAACUUACUAAUUACCUACUAAGUAUUUGAAAAUAUUAUCCGAUCUGUCACAUAAUUCUCGUUCAAAACUUAUAGUAGCUUAUGGUGUUUAAGUAGUACUAUCUCUGCCUUACAAAUGAGGAAACCAGACACUGAGCAGUUAAGCAACCUACCUAAGAGAAACCUAAUAACUAAUAAUAGGUUAAGAUUGGAACCCAGGUUUGCCUCCUUCCACUGUCCAUUGUUAUUUAAAAAAUAUGUAUCUACCUUGAUCAUGGCAAAGUUUACCUGAAAUACUAAAACACCAACUAAAGCAAAAACGUAUGCACACAAACAUAACCUUGAAGGAAAUUAAGAUGAAAGAGAAAAUAUAUCUCAUGUCCUGCUAUUCUGACAAAUCAAACUAGUACUUUGAUCAGUAAGACUCGUCUCAUCUAGGGCGCCUGGGUGGCUCAGUCGGUUAAGCGUCCGACUUCAGCUUAAGUCGUGAUCUCACGCCUUGUGAGUUCGAGCCCCGCGUCAGGCUUUGUGCUGUCAGCUUGGAGCCUGGAGCCUGUUUUCGAUCCUGUGUCUUUCUCUCUCUCUGUCCUUCCUCUGCUUGUGCUCUGUCUCUCUCAAAAAUAAAACAACAACAACAAAUUAAAAAAAAAAAAAAGACUCUUCUUAUCUAAGUAUUGAAUAGUCACCGUGGCAGGAUAAGGGCAGAGAAGGGGCUGGGAAAGAAGGAACAGAAAAGUUCAGGGAGCUAGCUGGUAGCAGUAGAAGCAUAGGUGCUGGAUGGGGACCCAGACCUGAUUGGCUCCUGGCUUCGGCUCAGAGGUCUCUCAUGUGCCCAUUUGUUAUAGAUUAAUCCUGCAGUAGAAACCCCACUGACCCUCUGGGAGUUCUUUUUUUAUUUGGCCAUAGAGAGACCUGUAAUCUGUGCCAUCCAUCCCAUCACGUUUGUGUUGACCACCAGAGGUUGUGGGAGACCGCUUAAGAGCUGGGACUCGAAUGAGUCCGAACUCCUAGCAAGGGACUGGAAAAAACUGGAGGAAACAAAAAAGGAAAUAUAAGGCCAUGUUGAGCUCUUGCCAGCAACUCCUGAAAGAGGAAAAAAGGGGGAGGAGAAGAGCUGAAUUAUUUUGGAGGCCAGGCUGUAUGUCAUGGUUGCCUGAACUUGUCACCUUACUGAAUGAAGAAGGCAAACUUGAGUGAUUUCUUCGAAGCACUAGUGUGCUUGUGCUGUUACAAUUCAUAGAGGAGGUUACCAGUAUAACUGAACGUAUGCAUUGCGUUCUUCUUUUUAAGCUGUGUUUAUAUACUUAUUACGAGUAAUUGGACCUUAGGGUAGAAAAUCGCUAUUUAGUGAUUUCAGAAUUCGCAAGUGUAGAAAUCCCAUUCUUUAAAAGAUUAAGGAAAAUUGUUACACUUGAGAUUUUUGCUCUGUAGCGACAUUCAAAACUUGUGCUCUAAAGGCAGAGUUGAAAAGGCAAAAUAUAAUGCAAGUAUGACGUUUUUUUUUAAGUUUAUUCAUUUAUUCAUGUAAGUCAUCUCUACACCCAAUGUGGGGCUGGAACUCAAGACCCCGAGAUGAAGAGUCACAUGCUCUCCCGAGCGAGCCAGCCAGGUGCCCCACAAGUAUGGCUUUCUGAGGAUGAUCUGAGUUACAGUUUCCCAAGGUUCUUAAGGACAGGGAUCCAGCACAGAAUUCAGCACUGGAAAUCACUACUUAAUAAUACGAUGCUUGUCUUGAUGCGUUCUGUUGCUCUGGGCAAGUUGUGUGGGCUGUUAUCUCCUGAGAAAUCCCUGUAAAUGGUAUUAAUAAUGCUUUAGAAGUAGGUUGGGAGAAUUAUUUUUCUAAACUGUUUUGGAAUUCUUAGAUGAAAGGCUGUGUAUGGAGUACAUUGGUGUCAGCCCGUUUUCCCUUCUCUGAGACGGGAGAAGAGGCACCUUGGGGUGGGAAGGUUGGCUUAUGUUUUGGAGUUCUUUUCAUAAAUUGCUUUCACUGGAUUUCACUGGAUUUCACAGAAGCUCCCAAGAAUAUGGUUAACUGUAAAAGGAAACAUUUUUGUAUUUGGAACUUGGGAUUAAUUAUAUGUUUUCAUCUAAGAUUUAGAACAGAUUUAAAUAGUUUGUAGUUGGCCAAACUUGGGGAAGAAAAUAUAGCCCUUUGAUGAAACUGGGGCCCACCUUUGUUUUUCUCUUGCUUUUACUGUACUUCAGAGAAGACUUAAACCUGACUUUCUGAAAAGCAGUCAAGUUUUCUUUUCAGUGUGUUGGAUCUGUGUUUUCCCACUGAUCUGUGAAAUUAAUAUUUUGCUGCCAAAUAACUUGCAGUAGGGGCUGGAACAAAGUUUUCAUCUACAUUCAUUUAUACAUUCAAACAUGCAUAUUCCAAUGUAUCCAUGUGAACACAGCUUUGCUUGGAAGAUUUAAAAUCAGAUUCUUGCUUUAGAGAAGUUCAGUCUAAUAGAGCAGGAUGAUAUAUAUGCAUGAGUAACUAUAAUGCCUGGUGCUUUUGAAAAAUGCACGUUUUUCCCCCUGAAUUACCUAUACUUAAAAUAAUGGGGGAUGAAGAGUAAUGUAAAUAGUUUAGAGAAACUUAAUACUAGGUUUUACUGUUCACGCAUUUGCGAGAAACUUUCUGGUAAAGACAGGAAAAAUGACCCAGUCUAGACGCAUGGGAAGGAAGGUAGGGCUAAUUUACUACCUCUUGGUGCCUUGAAACCAGAAUUGACAGGUGCAGUGGUAUUUGUCUCCCCGCACCCCCAAUUAAAAUGGCACCUGUUGAAGUGAAAAGCUUUUGAUCUGGGUUGAGAGUGUACUUUUUUGUUCUCUUUAAAAACAAAAUGUAUUCCUUAUUGUUACAUCUGCUUUGCUGCUUGUGAGACUGAUGAGGUAAAUAAGCCCUUUCCCCCAACUGUGCGGGAUUCCCGGUGAAUUUUCGAAUGUAGUCACUUGAUUUACAUCAUUCGCUUCCUUUUUCUUGCAACAGAUUGUGUUUAAAAUUUUCAUAGCUUUGGGGCGCCUGGGUGGCUUGGUCGGUUGAGUGUCUGACUUCGGCUCAGGUCAUGAUCUCACAGUCUGUGAGUUCGAGCCCCGCGUUGGGCUCUGUGCUGACAGCUCAGAGCCUGGAGCCUGUUUCAGAUUCUGUGUCUCCCUCUCUCUCUGCCCCUCCCCUGUUCAUGCUCUGUCUCUCUCUGUCUCAAAAAAAUAAAUAAACGUUAAAAAAAAAUUUUUUUUUUCAUAGCUUUGCUUACCUUUUAGGGUUCAGAUUUACUCUCCAUUCAGUCUGUGGUCUUUAGCUUUUGGCAAGCUUUCAAAGAAACCUCUCUUUUGCAGAGACUGCACCCACUUUAUUCUUUCACACUUGGGUGGUGGAGAACCAAAGGUCACUUGAGUAAUGCCUGACCUGCCACCACUUUAGCUCAUGCGCUAGCCGACACUCUCUUGCCUUGCAACUGCCUCUGCCCUAGUUUGGAGGGAGUCUGGCUUUUGAGGGCCCGUGAAGGUAAUUAAUCCAAACAGCCACUUUGCAAGUGAACUCUGAGAGUUCGGCCUAUUUGUAGUGGAGGUUCAGCAACUCAACAAUGCUUGGCUUUAUGGGCAGUUUACAACGCAGCCAGAUUCAGUUCUCAAAAAACCAAAACCCCAACGACCCUGCCUUUUAAUCAGAGAAGAACGAAAAACAUAGGCUGACCUAACUGCAAGGUGACGGCAAAUGUUUUAAAGUGCAGGAGCUUUGACCCUCCCCUCCCCCAUUUUGCUAUGAUUGUCUAGGUAUUUCUUUGAAAGCCAGAGGACACUGUCAGUAAUUGCUAAAAUAAUAGGUAUCUGUUGAGCGGGUAUUAUCGUAGUGUGGAGAGGGGCCCCAUUAUUGCGCACGUUCUGUGCUGUGCGGCAGGGAGCCGGUUGCUAACGCGGGUGCGUCUGGGCUCCGCGGGCCUGGGCCGCCGGGAACCGGAGCCAGGUGGGGGCGGGGCCUCGGGACCCCGCCAGUGCGCAUGGGCGACGUCUUCUCCUACGGACCCCCUUCAAUUUCCGCCAUGGUCGGAAACGUAGCGAAUGCAGUUAGCUGAGUGUCAGCUGAGCGCGCCGGUCGCCGGAAUGUCUGAUGAAAAAGGCUCCUUGAGGGGAGGCGUAGAGAAAGGAGAGGAGCCAGCGGGGACCAUCGCUGGUAGUGCGUCCUCUGUGAAGCGGGUGGAGGACGAGGAAGAACCGAUGAAGGUGGAAGUGGCGGUGGGGGCUGAUGGCUGCCCUGACGACCUCAGCUGCCGGGAGGCCGUCAUAGACCCAUACCUCCUAGGGCUUGCGGAUGACGAGGAGAAAUGCCGGAAAAUCCGCAGGCAGUACCGACAGCUCAUCUAUAGUGUCCAGCAGAACCGUGAUGACAUAGUGAACACGGCGAGCGACACGUUAACCGGGGCCCUUGAAGAAGCCAAUGUCCUGUUCGAUGGAGUGAGCCGAACCAGAGAAGCAGCACUCGAUGCCCAGUUUCUUGUUUUGGCUUCUGAUUUGGGUAAAGAGAAAGCAAAGCAACUGAACUGUGAUAUGAGCUUUUUUAAUCAAGUAGCGUUUUGUGACUUUCUGUUUAUAUUUGUGGGCCUGAACUGGAUGGAAGAUGAUGAACGUGAUGAAUUGAGUGGCUGUGAUGAUAAUAUAGCUCUUUCCUUCUGGGAGACAGUACAGAAGGAAGCAACAUCCUGGAUAGUGCAAGCUGAAACAUUCCACUUUAUUUUUGGUUCAUUCAAGUCUAAGCCUUCUGCACCAAAGCCCCGACUUGAACACCAGAAGAAAGCUCACAAAAUGGAAGAAAAUGGGGCUAUGCCUACAAAGCUGAGGAAGUUGGACCUGAGUAAUAAUCAAGAAGCAACAGAAAAAGAAGUAGAAAGAAUCUUGGGAUUGUUGCAAACUUACUUUCGAAAGUAUCCUGAUACUCCCGUGUCCUAUUUUGAGUUUGUGAUUGAUCCAAACUCUUUUUCUCGUACUGUGGAGAAUAUAUUUUAUGUUUCUUUCAUUAUAAGGGAUGGUUUUGCAAGAAUAAGGCUUGACCAAGACAGGUUGCCAAUAUUAGAGCCGAUUAAUAUUAACCAAGUGGGUGAGGGAAAUGAUCCCAGUUCUCAUGGCAGGAGACAAGGAGUUAUAUCUUUAAGUUUACAGGACUGGAAAAAUAUUGUGGCAACUUUUGAGAUUUCAGAGGCUAUGAUCACAAACUCAUACUAGGGACUUUUGUUCUUAGUAUAGGAUGUAUUUUGUGGCUUUUCCAAAGUAUCUCAAAAUUGAGAGUAAGAUCCAAGCAGAAGCACAUAGUGUAUUUCAUGUAAAGUGAAAAAGUAUUUUCAAAACAUCAGAAAUUGUUUUACUGUGCGAUGUAUUUUUUCUUUUGGUAGUUUAUGAAGUUGUCAUGAUCUGUUAUUAAAAAAUAUUCAUUGGCAUGUUUACGGAAAGAUUUUUUUUGAAUGCCCAUUAAGACUUUACCAAUAAAAGUCAGUUCUGAAUUUCCUAA